AUGUCUUUUCAUAUCCAGCUAACCGAAGGUAUUGUGGGCGGGUUCAAACCACCAACAGUAAAGCGUGUAAUAGAAAUAAACGGUGACCCCAGUGGUGGGUUUGUUCAGCAGUCGACUUUAGAAGGUCGUGACGACUAUCGAGUACAAAACGGUGAAAUCACCAGUCAAGAAAUUAAUGCACUCGUAACAGACUUGCGUUCCACUCUUAGAGUGUUACCAACCGAAUCCCCAGCAGGCGGCGAAGAUAUUUACGGAUUUGACACAUCGAUACACAUUCAGACUGACGAUGGAUUCGAAUGGCGUAAUGGUGGACCAGAAGGCUGCACACAUCACGAAUCUAAAACAAAACCAACUGAAGAGCAAAAAGCUAUCUUUCAAGAAUUGAUCUCGAAGAUUUCGGGCGUUGGUCAACGGUUCGCUAUUAAAUCGGUGUCUUAG